GCCAAGUUAUUGCAAUGUACCAAAGCAUUAUUCGAUUUUAUCAAGCAAAAUGAAAUCGAUAAAGAUAAAUUAUCACCUUUAAAGGAGUUGAUCAUUGACAACUUUACUCAUGAGCAGAUUUGGCAAGAAUUACAAUUACAAAAUCAGCCUUUAUUCAAAAUUUUAACCAAGAAUUUAAAGAGAUUAUCGCAAGAUCGUAACUGGCGAUUAAUGCUUGCCAAUGAUGACCCACCAGAGAUGAAUAGUCAAGGAAAUUCGGCCGAUAGUGACGUCGAGGAUGAAGAAUCCAUGGAUCAUGAUAAUGAUAAUGCAGAGAAAUCCAAAAGGGUACGAUUUGAUAUCGAUAGUGCAAACACCCUGGAGAGCUCAGUCACAAAGAGCGAAAAGGGAAAUAAAUUGAAAAAGAAGAGCGCGGUCGAUGAUCAGUUCUUUAAAUUAGAUCAAAUGAAUCAGUUUUUACAAUUAGAAGAGCAAAAGAUCAAUGAUCAAACUCAAAAUCAUCUCCAAGAUGAUGCUGAUGACGAUGAUGAUAUAGAUAUGUUCGCUGAUGUGGACAGCGAGGACGAUCAAGACUGGGAACAGGCUAUACGCCAAACUGCAAAGUUGGUCGGUAAAAGUAAGACGAGUAGUGACAAAAAUAAGAAAGAAAUCAAAUAUGAGGAUUUUUUUGAUCCACCACCGGAUGAAGAAAGCUCUAUUGGUAAGAAAAGUAAAGGAGCCAGCAUGCAAUUAAAGGAUAUCGAUCAUAACCUAUCGGAUUCCCAAGAUGAUAAUGACUUUGAAGAUGAAGUUGAUUUAAGUUUAAACGCCACUUUUGGCGAUGAUGAUGAUGAUGAUGAUAACAGUGAUAUCCAAUAUGAUGAUGCGUCGGACGAGAAGGAAAAUGAGAAACUUUCUAUGCAUCAAAAGCGUCAAGAUCAAUUGAAAGCUGUCAUAUCAGAUUACGAAGAAGCUAGUUUAAUGGAUAAACCUUGGCAGUUGCAUGGCGAAGUAUCAGCUCGUCAACGACCAGCAAAUAGUUUACUGGAGGAAGACUUAAUUUUUGAUAUUGCAGCCAAUAAAACUCCUGUGAUAACAGAAGAGAAGUCGUUGACUUUGGAAGAUGUUAUAAAGCAAAGAAUUAAAGAUGAAGCAUGGGAUGAUGUCCAACGUAAAGAAAAACCGAUGGAGCAACCUUUUGAAUAUAGAAAAAGGAUUGAAUUGGAUCAUGAAAAGAGUAAAUUGAGUUUAAGUGAAAUUUACGAAAAGGAAUAUCUUAAACAAACACAAGGUGUUAAAGUACAAGAGAAGCCGGAAAUUACUGAAGGCAAAGAAUUAAUGAAGAGUUUGUUUGCGAAAUUAGAUGCCUUAUCCAAUUUUCAUUUUACCCCUAAGCCGCCAAAGAAAGAGAUUGAAGUGGUUGUUAAUGCACCUGCUAUAAGUAUGGAAGAGGUUGCACCAGUAAGCGUUAGCGAUGCAGCUUUAUUAGCACCUGAAGAAGUCAAAGCAAAGUCUAGAUCGGAAUUGAAGGGAGAAAGUGAGAAAACUACCACUGAUAAAUUACGAGAAAGAAAAUUGAGAAAGAAAAGUAAAAAAUUAAGAUUUAAAGAAAUGAGUCAGAAAAACAAGUCUUUAGCAAAAGUGAAUAUUGGCCGUGGUAGUAAACACGAUAAAAAGGAAGCUAUACAACGCUUGAAAAAAGAAGGCGGUUUAAAUAGUGUUAGUAUUGUUGAUGAUCGAAAUAGUAGUAAAAGUAGAAAGACACUGUCAUCAACUACCUUUUUUGAUAAAUUACAAAAAGAAGCCAAGCGAGAUGUU